UCUUACACAAAUCAAUUUGUUGAAAGUAUUUUGACCGUUUUUAUUCGUGGCUCGCAGUUGCACCUCGGUCUCCUGCGGCGACUCUGCAAGAAAAGAGGAAUAAAGAGCCCACAUGUCAGCAAAUAUACGAAACAAAUUCCGUCUUGCCUGCCACAAAUUAUCCUUCCAGACGAGGAUGCUUUGAGAUCUGCGUGAGAUAGCUUCACCUGUCAACUGUUUAUAAUGAGAGUCCUUGGUCUCGCUGUAGUUAGUAAUUAUCGUUGUGUCCUUGGCUCCGCAAAAAAAUGUCGUACACUUUCGUUGGAGAUCGAGACGGUGUUUACGAUCGAACCUCUCCGAUAGAAAUGACUCAAGUAAACCCACAGCCCGUGCAACCUGCAACGGAAAUACAGCCCCCAGACAUCGACGAUUUUUCGCACAUUACGCUUCAUCAGGCUGCAAGAGAUGGUAAAACUGAUGUCAUCAAGCAAAGACUUUCCAAACUUGCAUCGAAAAACCAAGCAAGAUUUCAAAAAUUAGUAAACAAGAGAGAUGAGGACAACACCACACCUUUACACUAUGCUGUACGAUAUGGACAGGUGGAGGUUGUCAAAUUGUUGGUAGAGCUAGGAGCAGUUAUUGACGUCCCUGGAGAAGAUGGAGCGUCUCCCUUGCAUUAUGCUGCAAGAUUCCGAGCAAACUUAUCUCGCCCAUCUGCCAGACAAGUGUCACAAGUGAUUGCUGGUGGGGAAAAUGGAACAGUUCCUGAUGGGGUAGUAGAAACUAAUAUAGGUGUUGUAGCUGCACCUCUGACACAUGCCAUCAGCUCCAAUAGUCUCGGAGAAGUGAACCAAGCUAUGUCACAGGUCUGAAGAGUAUAUGUUGUAGUUGAUUCAAAGG